AUGGACGUCUCUUAUUUGCAACAAAGCAACUUUAUUUUGACUCCAAUUCGUUAUUGGACUCAUCGUCCUCUCUUUGUUCUCCCUAGGAUUUCGAUAUCGGUCCACAAGAAGCAAAAAAAUGUUGAUCCAUUCCGAUGUAGGAACAUGUGCUCGGCUUCCACUUCGACUUCAGAAACCUUAGUUACUGGAUCGCGCAAAGAAGAUGGGAAGUCAAGAGAAGUUGUGAGCAAGAAAGAAGAUGAGUUUGGAGACUUGAAAUCUUGGAUGCACAAGAAUGGACUUCCUCCUUGCAAAGUUUUUCUCAAGGAAAGGCAUUCCCACGACUCGGAACAUCGCUCCAUACAUUAUGUAGCUGCGAGCGAAGAUCUCCAGGCAGGUGACGUUGCAUUCUCUGUUCCAAACCCAUUGGUUGUAACACUGGAGCGAGUUUUGGGGAAUGAGACCAUUGGUAAGGUGCCAUGA